AUGAGUCAAAUUGUGUCCAUCGAUGCUUUGGAAACGACAUCGGCCGUAUCAAUUGUAUUCGAUGGGUUGACUUUAGAGACCUGGAACGACGAUUCUUUAUGGAAUAAAACUCGAUUAUCAAUAGUUCAACAUUUGAAUAAAUUUUGUAAACAUGAUAUUCAUUGUGAUGCCGAAUAUGGAAUUGAUAAUAUCCAUUUACUCGAUGCCAAUCAGCAUGCACUGUCUUCAAUUCGUUUGCUAAUCACCGUAGAUAAGCCUGUAUUAAAUCAAACAAAUGAAAAUUCCAGCUAUAAUUAUACAGAACUUCUAACAGGUUUUUUUUUUAUUUUCUAUUUUGAAUUAUUCAUUCAACUAUUAAACUUUCCAGGCGCACUCUAUCAAGCCAAAAUCGAUAUUGAACGUUUGCAUGAUAAUCAAUUAUUAAAGAGAAUAAUUUAUUCAACGACUCGUUCUCAUCAAAAUUCAAUUCUUAAUCGAACUAGUCGACUUUUGUCUGUCCUGUUGGGAAUUAUCAUCGUUGCUAUUGUAUUCGCUUUAACAAUCUUUUCUUUUCAAAAAAUUCGUCAACAUCACUAUUCAAAAAUAUUUCAAGGUACACAUACACGUCAACAAGCGCAAGACGACGAUUGUCAGUCGACGUCCGUUUUACAUUCGUGA